AUGCCCCAAGGCCAUGGGACAAGGCUGUCCCGCCCCUCCAGGACCAGCAUAAAAGCCAGCCCAGAGCCUCUCUCCCUCACACACUUCUCCACACUCCUUCUGCUCCUGCUCCUGCCAACAACCAGGACCCUCCACCCCACAGCCAUGGCCUGCAACACCCUCUGCCGACCCUGCGGACCCACCCCGCUGGCCAACAGCUGCAACGAGCCCUGUGCCCUGCAAUGCCAGGAUUCCCGCGUCGUUAUCCAGCCUUCUCCCGUGCUGGUCACCCUGCCAGGACCCAUCAUGACUUCUUUCCCCCAGAACACCGCUGUCGGAUCCACCUCCUCGGCUGCCGUGGGCACUGAGCUCAGUGUGCAGGGACAGCCCAUCUCUGGUGGAUUUGGUGGCUUUGGUGGCUACGGCCUUGGCUAUGGCCGUGGAUUUGGCUAUGGCUGUGGCUAUGGGCUGGGAGGCCUGGGCUGCUAUGGCAGAAGGGGCUAUGGCUACAACUGCUAAGGGCCCUCAGCACCAGCCCUGACACCAACCGACCACUCCCUGGAACACAUCUCAGGCAUUGAGGACGCCUCUCUGGGCCAAGGCUCUCAAAGGGGUCAGCACUUCCAGCUCCUGCUCUCAGGCCACCAGCAAGGCAGCAGCCAAAAGGCCAGCCCGAGCUGCCUGCAAACAUGGCCCAUCUCUAUUCCUGCUUUCUCCCACUCCCUGCUCUCCAUUGGAUCCAUUCCUCCUUUGGAUCUCUCCAUUCCUCUCUGGACAAACCCCUUGUCCCAAGCCAGAGACCAUCUGGCACCUCUGCUGGGCUGCUCCCAUUGCAGGCCAGGCAAGGCCUUGAUGCUCUGGUCAAACCUCACCAAAGGAAGGGACCUUGGCUGAUGGUCACCCUCCUUGCACCUCAGACCAGCUCCCUCCCACUGGCUGCUCCUGAG